GGCGACAAAGUAUACCACCAGUAGGAUUUUAUUCUUGCGGCAAACGCUGUGAGAGGUCGUGCGGUUGAAUAGUUGUAUACAUUACACUACAGCAUACUAGGCCUAUUGCUGUAUUUUUCUCAAUAUGCCUAUAUAAAUAGCUGACAGUGGUAGGUCGAUCGUAAUCUAAUGGGUUUUCAUUUCUAGGCAGUUGUUAUUCAAGUUUAUCGCUGCUCUACAAAGACACUCACUGGAAUUGCUUAGAAAUGAAUGAUGAAUCCAGUGGACAAGGAUUAUACGUCGGGUUUACACCGACCUUACACAAGUAACACUUUUAAAGUAAAACUAGGGAAGUUCGAGGAUCUCAUAGCGAAUCUAACACAGCAAGACAGCGAGGCAAGUGCCGAAGAACGUCGCCAGGUUAUUAAUAAGACCCUUCGCUUUGACGCAUUCUGUGAUUCCAUUCGAUUGUUAUUUGGGCCAGAUAUAAAAAGUAAUGAUUUGAAAGCCAUCUUCAAAAAGAUCAGCUCGAAUCCCGAUGCAAAGGUUGAUUGGAGUGAGUUGUUUGGAUAUUUUCAAUCGGAAAACGAAGAAAAUGACCAGCUAUUGAGGGAGGAAGUUAGUGUGUUUACAGUUUCGCAGAAGCAGCGGAUUGGAGAAGCUUCGGGAGACAAGAAAAGACGGGACAUAAUACAGAGUGUAGUUCACAACGCUCAACUUGACAUCUACAUAGCUGCUUCACAAAAGGGUGCACUCUCCGUUUGGAGCGGAAAGAAUCUGAGGUUGCAGGGAUGUGCAGAUGUUAAAGAAUCAUCAUGGGUGACUGGAGUGGAUUAUUUGCCAGGUCUGCGCAAGAUUACUGUGUCAACAGAACGAAGCUUUGCAUUGUGGGAUUACAGAGCUAAAGGCAAGAAUCAGAACAUAUUCUGUAUUAAGCCGAUAGACAACUCUGUGCAGUGUAUGAGCUAUGUACCCCAUAGCAACAAUCUCCAUGAAGACAGCAUUCUCUAUGGCGAUGACCUUGGUUACCUGAGUCUCAUGACCAUUGCUGCCAAAGAUCUUAAUACCAAAAAUGCAAAAGUUGACAAGAAAAAUGGAAAUCUAUUGCUAGAACCAAGUGACUUGAGCUACCCUGUAUGUAAACGCAAGCUCCAUGAUAACUGGGUGUUAAAGGUUAAGUAUUUCCCUGAGCUACGGUGCUUUGCAUCCUGUUCGGCCAGUAGUAAUGUUUCAUUUAUCCUCGAGGAUGUCAACCGAUUAUUUGAUAAUCAACCGUGCCGCUCAUUCGGAAUUCCGAAAGGUGUCAAUUGCUUUGCCUACUGUGCUCGUGCCAAUAUCAUAACAACCGGAGGAAAUGAUAAGAUAGUUCGCAUUUGGCAUCCUCAUAUAUUCUCCCGACCCACGGGUAAAAUGAUCGGCCAUCUAUUUACAAUCAUUGAUUUAGUUGUCAACGAGAAGGAUCAGCAUGUUAUAAGCUUAUCAACUGCUAGGGUUUUCAGAAUCUGGGACAUCCAUACACUGACGAGUUUGCAAGUUUUCACUGACAAUGAAGAGCGACCAGGGGAAAAGCGGAUUCACUGUAUGUGGUUUGAUGAAAAGCAUGAAAGACUGAUAACAGGUUCAAGUGUUCUUGACCUCUGGCCUUUGACCCGUACAGUCCAGGACACAAUGCAAGUUCCCCAUACCCAUGAUCGACCCAUUGUACAACUGCUUUACAACCAAGAGCUCAACCAGGUUGUAACCGUCUGCUCAGAGUCUAUUCUUAAAGUAUGGGAGUUAGAGACUGGUAAAUCGGUGUAUUCAGUAUCAGACGCACAUGGCACCAACAUAGAAAUCACUGCAAUAGCUGUUGAUUCCACUGGUUAUAGACUAGCCUCUGGUGCAGUUGAUGGAUCUGUAAAAGUUUGGGAUUUUGGAAGUGGACAGGAGAUUCGCAUGUGGAACACGAAUAGUACGAAUGAAGACGACAGUAGCAUUGUUGGACUACAGUACUGCGAUGUUAAUGGACAUCGGUGCAUACUGGCCAGUGGAUGGAACAACAAAAUAUGUCUGCUUGAGGAUAACCAAGAGAGCAGAGAACUGAUAGUGUAUCUUGAGUUUAGUGACUUUUACCAACAACCAAUGACGCCAUCCAAUUUUGAAGGCAGCUUUAACCCUGUGAAUUCCUUCAGCAAAUCCAGUCCACUACCGUCCAUCAGCAACGCACAAAUUACUAGUCUAUAUAAGAAGGAUCAUGUCCUGCAGUAUAAUGAGAUGAGUUGUAUAGCCUGCAAUCCACCUCAGCACAUGGUUGCUGGGUGCACCAAUGGAAACCUUAUCCUGUGGAAUUUGACUGAUGGUACUGUCAGCAAGCUAUUUCAUUUGCACAAUCUGCCGUCCGGCAAUAGAAGUAGCCAUCGAUCUAAGAAUAUGUAUCCACGUCACAUUGCCAUGGUCACAUUUUUAGUCCACAAAACAAGACGUCCAGACCCAGCAUAUAUUAAGAAGUUGACAGGGCUUGUAAAUGGUGCAACUCCAUCGAACAUGGAUGACAAAACCGGAGAAGAAGACAUCACUGUCCAAGAUCCAGCGGACCUAGGAAUAAUUGAGACUGUACAGUAUGAACAAGACAAAGAACAUGAGGAACAUACAGAAGAAGCUAAUGAACAAAUCAUCGGUGAAGUCAAUAAUGAACCUGACCAAGAAGAAGAUGAUGCAAACAAUUUGGAAACCAGAGAACCAGACACAAAGCCUAUAGUUGAAGAUGAAGACAACUCACAGAACACUAUAGUGAACGAUUCCAAGAGUAGCACACCAAACUCUCUCCUUAAAGAACUUGAUGAGGAAAAUAUUGACCCUAACACCAAGAUGCUAGUGUCCGUGUUUGAUCCAAUUAUUGCCUCUUGCCAUGCUGAUGGAUUUAUCCGGUUCUGGAAUCUGGAUGGUGAACUGUUGCAAGAAUGCACAUCCAUCACCAAGAGACUGGGCUCAGGAAUCACUGCCAUUUGUUCUGAUGAAGAUUGCAACUUUUUAAUUACAGGAGAUUCAAAGGGAUACAUUAAUAUUUGGGAUGUAGAGGCUUUCCUGAAGAAUCCAAAAUCAGAAGAACAUGGGCUAAUUAAGCAAGAGAUAAGCUGGCGUGCACACUUGACGAGAGUCGCAUCUUUGGUUUACAUUGGCAGUAUGCAAGUUAUUGUGUCUGGGUCAACAGAUGGGUCUGUGAGAAUGUGGUAUGGGCAAGAACCCCAGCAAGGACAUUUCAUGGGCUUCUUCAGUCAGCAUCGGCCGUGGAACUUUCCAAAUGCGGAGCGAUCCAGCUCUCCAGUAUUGCCGUACGAUAUAAGUGAGCGCCCUCUCAAACAUUCAAGUAACACGAAUGAGAGAAGAAGCAAGCCUGGACAAGCCUUCAGAUAUCCUCUGAUUUUCAAGAGCGAUAGGUGGAAGCCAAUGAGGAGAUCAGCUUAUUUCCAAGCACAAUUCAAACACACACAACCAGAAGAUAAGAAAUUCUUUACAGCGCUGCAGAAGCCAUUGUUCUAUAAUGAUCAUCUGGAGAGUUUCCGUACCGGAGAGAUGCAGUCAGGUGCUGUCUUCAGAGCUCUACCAGUUUACAGAGUUGAAACACCACAGAGAAUCCAGACGCCAGCCUUUGAGUUCGGUAGUGGAUGGCAGGGAAGUUCUCUUCAAUAUCAAAAUUCUUUGAAGUAUCGCAAAGCGUCUUCUCCUACCAAAGAUCUUCCUAAGGUAAAAGGGCCAGGCAGCAUCUUAGCUCGACGGCAGUCCAAAAUGUUUCCCAAUAGUACAUCACUGGCUGCAAUGGGAAACGCCAGCUCCACAAGGAAGAGAUCACAGUUUCCCUACAACUCACUGUAAUGCUUCCCUGUAUAUUUUAUUUGAUAAAAGCAUGUGACAUGCCUAAAUAUGGUCAAUCUUGACCAUAUAUAGGCACAUCAUGACUAUAUAUGGGCAUACAACAGUUUUUUGUGAAAGAAAAUUUGAUAGUCUGAACAGAGCCUAAGAAAGAACUUUUACUUUGCCAAAGAAUAUCACUGAAUUAUGUGUUUGCAGAAGUUGAGCGUGGUUUUCAGCCAAAACAGAAAUAUGUGUCAAACGUGUUGUGGUGCUUAAAAGAAAUAUUUUUUUUUAGUGAAGAUGUUGAAUUAACUUAAGCCUACUAGAUUCUUUUUUAAAGAUCUUGUAAGUACAUCUCUUGAAUAAGCGGUGCUCUUGAGUACUGUAUGUGUAUCACAUCAAACAUCAUUUUUUUUUUUUUUUGCUAAGCACUGCUUUAAAAAAUGUACUUCAGUGCUUAUUAAGGCAGGCACACUCUGCAUCCAUGGUUGCUGCUGGACACAACUUCACGGAGACCACAACGCAACGAUGCAGGUGCACAACGGAAAGUUUUUAAUGAUGAUUUGCAGACGCAGGGAUAGAAUUCUUGUUUGUCGAUACAGUGUGUGCCCGAUCUUAGAGCUAUUGCUUUUUUCAAUUAGCCUGACGGCGGGCUCUUGAUAGUACGUUUUACAAAGAGCGCCUUGAUACUUUUUAUUUAGAUAAACAUUAAACAACUGAUUUUUAUAUGCCCUGCAGUGCUUAUUAAGUCCUUUAGAGUAGGCAGCACACAUCAGUUCAAACAACCACAGAGAUGUGAAGAGAGGAGUGAGUGACUUUUUCCUCACUUUGUCCAUCUUUUCCCUUUCACCCCACCAGUUUGAGCAUCAAUGAGAUAGUUUGCUCAGAUUGAAAAAGAUAACAUGCACAAAGUUACAGCAAUGAUUGAAAAUAUAUAAUACCAAAGUUAGAAUUUUUAAACUAUGGAGUGUGAGGGUUGUGUUCAGGCCUGCCACCAGGGCAGUUUUUAGGGGUAUCAGUCGAACUCUCUUUAGCAAAAUCUUAUUUUCAUUUUUUUGCAUUUCAUUUAUUUCGUCCAAAAAAUACAAAACGAAGAGAAAUAACAAUACAAAAAUCAGAGACAGGAUAAACAAAAAGCAAACUAAAUUGCUGUACAAGGUUUCUCCACUGAUACAAGGAAAAAAUAAAUAUAUAAAUCUCUGUUCUCUGGAAGUAAAAACGAGCAAAAACGGCCAAGGCCAACUAUUCCACUUAAAAGAGACCACACUUUUCGUAUUUAAAAAAGAAAUCCUUUUAUGUCUGGUGGAUUUUUUUUUUCAAAGUUAAAAAUUGGUGUUUUUUUUUCACAUGAAAACUUGCCUUUUUAUAAUAAUAGUAAUAUUUAUUAUUUUUUAAUUAUAUUAUUUUUGUUUAUUGUUGUACAGUAUUAUAUUUUUCGUUUUAUUUAAACACCCAAGCCAAGCCCCUUGGAUCCAAUGCACAGGAUUUGUAGGUGUGUGCUAUUGACUUGUGGUUCCUUUGGGUUCCUUAGAGCUCUCUUCCUUGCUCCCGGAAACUCGUGACAAUUAUUGUGACAUGUGGAUAUGCAGGGUAAGCUAGCAAGUUAAAGUUUGCAAAAGAAGCAAGCUAUGUCAAAUGCAACAAUAUGCUCUGAUGCUACAAUAAAGAGAUUUUGCAACCAUACGAAUACGUCAUCAUUAUCGUCAUUCGUGCCUAAAAACUUCUUGAAAAUAAGCUGUACGAGUUAAAUAAUAAUAUCCUUGGAUCAUGCAAAAGACAUGAAUUGCCAACGUUGUGACUGACAUGUUACUGUUGGGAAUGGGAUGUCCAAAAAUUUGAUGACGUAACCGUAUUCGUUAUCGUUUUCGUAAGCUUGCGAAAACUACCUAAUCUUCCUGUACAUACAUAAAGUAUCUAAAAAAAGUAUAUUGUUAAGCCAUUUUUAUAGUUUUUAAUUAUUGAUUUGUGUGUGUGAAUAUUGUAUAUUUAUUUUUUAAAUAUUGAUUAUAUAAGCAUGUCUGUUUGGUAAGACAUUUACUUUUUUUUUGCUAAAAUAAAAGUUGUUAAUGAA